AUGGCUUCUUUGUCGGCUGCUUUUAACCUGAGCGAGAGUGACCGCCGGGUGCUGGCUCAGACAGACGAAGAGUUUAUCUACCACGACUGGGAAGACCUCAAAGACAUCAUAGCAAAUAAUAAGCUAGAGCUACUCAAACGCAAACCCUCCGACUUGCGCCGAUAUGCAGAAUGGAGCACCAGCAUCAAAGACCACUACGGAUCUGUAACAAAUUUUAUAUGCCGAGAGCGUCUUCACUGGCCUGCGGGCACGGAUCCGCAGACGCAAUGUGAAAAUUCGACACCGUUCGCGGAUCCGAGGGAUUACAAGAUCCUUCGGAACGACUGGCCUUAUGGUCUAACCCCUGAUAUCACUCAUCUUUGUGUUUGGAUCAAGAACAAGAUAGAUGCAAAGCCCGAGAAUGGGGAUGUAACCGAGGAGUCACGGGCUUUGAUCGAAGGUUUUGUGAAUAGAACCUUUACAGCUCGAUUGAAGGAAUUCCCUGAUGCAGACGAUAAGGUUCAGUGGUUUAAGAAUUGGACAGCCCUGCAAAGUGUGCGAUCGUUGGAACAUAUUCAUGUCCUUGUGAGGGAUGUUCCGGAUGAUAUUAUCGUGGAAUGGACCGGAGAGGAGGCCAGGGACCUCUCUCAGGCGAGUUGGACCGUUUGA